CGGUAGCUCCUGUAGCAAUGGAGGACAGUGACCAUGAGCCAGAUUCUUCGUCCGACGACCAGGACUCCACUCCGACGUCCCCAAAACCCAGGGAGGUUGAGGCUGAUCAGGAUCAGGAUAAAGAAUAUGUGGGAUUCGCCACUUUGCCAAAUCAGGUUCACCGCAAAUCUGUGAAAAAGGGCUUCGACUUCACUCUGAUGGUAGCAGGAGAGUCCGGCUUGGGAAAGUCCACUUUGGUCAAUAGCCUGUUCCUCACAGAUCUCUACAAAGACAGAAAGCUGCUCAAUGCUGAAGAGAGAAUCACCCAGACAGUGGAGAUCACCAAACACACGGUGGACAUUGAGGAGAAGGGCGUCAAACUGAAGCUCACCAUAGUGGACACACCAGGCUUUGGGGAUGCGGUCAACAACACUGAGUGCUGGAAGUCGGUGGCGGACUACAUUGACCAGCAGUUUGAGCAGUACUUCAGAGACGAGAGUGGCCUGAACCGCAAGAACAUUCAGGACAACCGCGUACACUGCUGUCUGUACUUCAUCUCCCCCUUCGGUCACGGUCUCAGACCUUUAGAUGUUGAGUUCAUGAAAGCCCUACAUGAGAAGGUCAAUAUUGUGCCUGUGCUGGCCAAAGCAGACACACUCACGCCCAGCGAGGUCAAGAAAAAGAAAAUCAAGAUUCGAGAGGAGAUCGAGCAAUAUGGGAUCAAAAUCUACCAGUUUCCAGACUGUGAUUCAGAUGAGGACGAGGAUUUCAAACAGCAAGACCAGGAAUUAAAGGACAGCAUUCCGUUCGCUGUGAUCGGCAGCAACACGGUGGUGGAGGCGAAGGGCAAGAGGGUCCGCGGCCGUCUGUACCCCUGGGGUAUCGUAGAAGUGGAGAACUCUGCGCACUGUGACUUUGUGAAGCUGAGGAACAUGCUGGUACGCACACACAUGCAGGACCUGAAGGACGUAACCCGUGAAACCCACUACGAGAACUACAGGGCCCAGUGCAUCCAGAGCAUGACCCGCAUGGUGGUGAAAGAGCGGAACCGCAAUAAACUAACCAGAGAGAGCGGCACAGACUUCCCCAUCCCCAUGGUGCCGGGGGUAACGGACACGGAGACGGAAAAACUCAUCCGAGAGAAAGACGAGGAGCUGCGACGGAUGCAGGAGAUGCUGCAGAAGAUCCAGGAGCAGAUGCACACUCAGAAGGAAGCGUAUUAACCCCUUUUCCAUCUACAUGCCUGAGACAUUACCCACCCCGUCAUUGCGUUCCGCUCUGGUCGUCUUCCCUUUCCAGUAACCACAGCUGCAGAACCGUUGCCUGCCCUGAAGUGCUGGAGGUCCACCAGGCCUCAUUAGGUGCCAUCACCCCAGAUGUGAGCAACAAUACACUGUGUUCUGUCCUCUUAAGCCACCACACACAGUCUUAUAUGCCAUUACAGACGCAGCAGGUAGCAAACUAAACAGCAGCUGCUCUACAGGCUGAGAAUUCUUUUCAGUUUUAAAGGGAAACUCCAGCAUUUUUCAUCCUGAUCUCUGCCUGCUGUAUCUAUAGCAAACGGUCAGUUACCAUGAACAAUACUGUUGAAAUGCUUCCCUUUACUCAGUUUCAGAACCUAAAAACUGUGGACUUCAACACCUUUAUAACUGAAGCCGAUGGGAAGUUGCUUCAGUUUCAGCUUGUGUCCAUUGACGUCUAUUAAAUUCGGUGAUUUUCCUGUUCUUUUACUAAGCACAGGAAAAAAUAUUGGCCUUAGUAUUUGACCACAUGCUACAGACACUGUUGUUCAAAAGUUAAAAAGUUUAAUAACACAGUCGUAUGCCAGUGUUUGAACUAUUUCUAAGUAAGAAAAAGUUAGCACAGAGAACUGAAAUAUGGCAUUUUCUGCUAAUUUUAGUGCACAAAUUCUAACAUACUGGAGAAAUAAAACAAAACAUUAAGUGUGCCAUGACUUUUGCACACUUUGGCUACAUUUUAUGUUUUAUUUUUGUUUUGUUAAAUUCAAUCAGUAAACAGAAACUGAGCAUUAGAGUGUGCAGAAUUGUGCAGAGAGGUGCCCAAACUUUUACAUACGACUGUAAAAUUAUACAUAUUAUUGUAUUAAUAUACAGUAAUGUAUUUUAUUAUUUGGCUUAUGUUUCAAGUGAUUAUUCAAAAAUGAGGUCAAUAAUUUGGCAAAAAGAUAUAUAAAUAUAAUAAAAUAGAACACCUAAAAUACCAUUUUGGCAUUAUUUAAAUAUACAUUCUCAAAGUUUUCAAAUAUAAAAUGAGAUUAUUUAUAUAAUUCUUAACAUUAAUGGUAUUGUAGGUUGAAAAAUGCUGAAAUAUUCCUUUAAUAGUCAAACAAAGCUAUUUUCUCUGUCUAGUGAGUCAGAAUUAACGUCCACGUGACUCUGGCAUCAAUGCAUUUACACAAGGGGCUGCGCUUGUGGGAGCUAAAAGCUAAAAACAAGAAGGCGACAUGCUUUAAAAUCCUCUGCUUGUACUCAUCUGCACAGUAAUAAUAAUGAUGAUGAUAAUAAAUUCCCCCUGGAGUAUUUUAUAAUAGCUCAGUAUCAUAGAGGGUGAAUUGAAUUAUUUAAUUUUUUUCUACGAUGUGCUAUUUUAUUUGUACAAUUUUGUUAAAUGAAUGCGUUUGUUGUACUGCAUGUACAUGCUUUUGUUUGUAUUGCUACAAAAAAAAAGGAAAGAAAAAUAAGAAAUGGCUUCUUUACAUAAGUCUAAAAAAUGCUGUUUUAUUUUCUUAUGAGUGAAAUAAUAACUGAAGUACUGUAGAGCAAUAUUUUUGUUAACGAGGCUGACAAAUGUUUUCUGUUCUUCUAUGGAAAUGAUCAUGCAGGCAGUGAUUUUACAGGAGCAUGACACUGUAAACUAACAGAGAAAAGGAAAAAAAACACUUCUAGUGAUCUGUGUACAGUAGCAACACCCUAAAUAUAUAAACUAGAAACUAGCAUGUGACUGGGCUUCUGACCGUGUCUGCGUUGCAAUGGCAUAAUGUUAGAUUUAAAGGAAAACUCCAGUGUUUUUCCACUUGAUCUCUCUCAGUUGCAUCUGCAGGAUUCAGUCAUUUACUACAGGCAGUAAUUUCAGCGUUUCCCUAAACUUAAAGCACAGAAACCCAACAGCACUUACAUUAGCGGUCAAUGGGAAGUUGCUGAAGCACCUGCCCAUUGGUUUCUACUGUAAGCGUAUAUUAAAGGGUCCCAUAUCCUCUAUAUGUCUUGUACUUUAUUUGUCCGCUUAUGUUUGUAUGGUUUUCUUUUCUAGUCAUAAUUAAAGGAGCAGCGCUUAAAAGUUAGUGCCAUCUAGUGGUGAGGUUGCAGACUGCAACCAGCUGAACCCUCCACCUCUUCCCUCACCCCUACCUUUCCAAGCAUGUAGUAGAACCUACGGUGGCUGUCAGGUUUUCUUUCUCUUCUUUGAAGGUGAGGAUUCACCCUCCCUCACUUUUUCUUGUGCUAAAUAAGAAGUCUGAUCUUCCAUUUGUCCAAAUUUGGUUUCCCAAAGCACAAAAUGAUUAGCAGCACCGGCAGCAACCACUGAUUCUUCUUCUUUCUACAUCUUCCAACCGGAGCUACAGCGCCACCAAAUUCAAGCUGCUGUUUCAGCGUAAAAAAGCGAAGGGCGCCCUCUAGAGCCAGAGUUUGGUUUGUCCACUCUGGGCUACUGUAGAACCAUGGCAGCCUCUGUUGAAAAGGAGCUGCUCCCUCUGUAGAUAUGAAGGGCAGAUUUAUACACUAAUGAACAUGGUUUUGUUUACUAUAUUCUAAUUCUGUUAUUACAUCCCCCUACAUCAUUUUCAGUUUUAACGACCGUUUUCCAACCUUUCAUUAUCCCUUAGGAUUAAACAGUCUUUUGUUACUGUGCCUUUAAGGCUAAUGUAUGUAAAUGACCUCUUUUUUUUAUUGGCUGCCUCGUUCAAAAAGCAGUCAAGCCUAUAAUACUACCCAUAACUUAAGUGUAAAUGGAUGCGGUUAAACUGCUGUGAGCUGAAUAAUCGGUUAUGUAAAUGCACUGGUUUUUGUGACAUCACAAAACAGUUCAUUCAGAACGGGUUGUUUUGCAGCUUAGUUUCCCCAUAUGAACUGUUUGGACUGCGUAGUGAAUGGCAGUGUUUACAUACCGUACCGAACUCUUUUGUUUAGAAAAAGUGAGUAAGAUGUGGUGAUGUGGUUUCCCUGAUAUGGGCCCUUUAAGGCAGUGGGUUGUCUGAUGUAAUCAAUCAUACUGCUACAGAGUGGUUUAUUAAAAAAAGCACUGGAGGGUCCCUUUAAUGAAGUGGAGUAUCUUAUUUUUGCAAUCGUGCUCUUGUGAGAAGACAAACACAUUUAGCACCUGUAGAAGAGAGUUUAAAGUCUGCUGAUGCAAUAAAGAACUAAACAAUGGCAGUAAAGAGAAAACAUGAUAGAAUUACCCACCAAAAUCCAGCAUAACAUGACCACUCCACUCAAUUUCUACAUUAUUUUCUGUGUAUUAGUAAAACAGACCACUCUUAACAAAUUCAAGCUCUAAAUAUGAUCUACAAAUGAAAAUUUGUUAAAGUUUAGAAAGUGAAAAUUAAAAAAUGAGCUAAUUUUCAAAGAAAAAAGGCCACUGGAGGUAAUAACCAUGCUAAAACGUAUCUGCUAGAGCUACUGCCACGUUUUUCAGCAAUCCACUGUGACAAACGUCUCGUUCGUUGCCUUUUUCUCCUGCUACCCUGAUCGUCUCUUAAAAUAAAUUUGUUUUUUCUUCUCAUUUUUAAUCUUUUAAUGGGGUCUCUAAAAUAAGUUAUAGUCAUUGAAAGUUUAUUAUAGACGGAUGAAUUUACUUUAUAAAGUAGUUUAUUGAUUAAUGUAAUAUAUUUUCUAAUCCAUCUUGAGUUGAGGCACAUGGACGGGGUCAGAAAACGUGCUCUGUCCGAAACUUUAUUAUUAUUAUUAUUAUUAUUAUUAUCGUUUUUAUUUUCAAUAUUUGGAUUUGGGCCCCAUGGUUUGUGUUAUAGCGUAACUGUUCAAUUUGUUUUUUCUAGGAUGUUCCUUCAUGUUAUUUUGUUCUAAAGGGAACACAAGUAUGUGGUUUUGGACUUUGGAUUUUUUUAUAUAUGUAUAUGAACAUGUCUUUAUUUGGUUUUCAUGAAUGCAUUAAGUGUACUGUGUAAUGGUCGAUUGUGAAGAUGCAAAUGACUAGAGCAUAUUCUUUAAAAUAAUAAAAAAAUCUCACCUGGUGGAACUAAA